CACCUCAGCCAAAGCCCUGUGGGAAGCUUUACUGAACACCAGGCACAAAGAGGCAGCUAUGGAGGUUCAGAGACAUCUAGUGGAAGCAGCAAGCAGAGAGAACCUGCCCAUCAAGAUGAGUAUGGGGAGAGUCACACCAGGGCAGCUCACAUCCUAUAUUCAACUCUUCAAGAACAACAUAAAAGCUCUAGUGAACCAUUGUGGGCUCCUACAGCUUGGGCUGGCCACAGUUCAAACUUUGAAACACCCGCAGACUGCCAAGUGGGACAACUUUCUGGCAUUUGAAAGGCUCCUCCUCCAGGUCUCCAUCACUGAAACCUCAAUGAUGACUUAUGGCCUAAGUACCAUUAUAGACAACCCUGGUUAAGAAAAGGAACUCAGUCUUGGAAAUCUGCAAUUCAAAGUAGGUUAUGGCAUUUCUUCUCACUGCUACUUGCCGGCUAGUGGUGCUUUGGUGACCUAGUGUGGAGUUAGCAACUCAGGCUCUGGAACGUGCUCGAUUUAGAGAUUUAAUGAAGAAAGUGAACAUUGUGUACUCAAAGGAGAAACUAUUUCAGAAAAAUCUAAAUUUAUAAGCAGUGGAUAAAUUUUAAAAGGACAAAGGAAAUAAGUGUGUUCAUGACUCUUUUUCACUCUUUUUAUCUCCAAGGUAGUAUUUUAGGCAUUUAGUAUAUAUGUACAAAUUACCAAAUGAUUCUCUUUCUGUUUAA